AUGGAGCAUCCAGUAGAUGAGCUUGUGGAGGCAAAGGUAAAGGAUAUUGAGCCAUUAGAGGUUUUAGACCUUGAAGUUGUUGAAGUUGAUGACCUAGUGGAUUAUAAUGGUCAUGCUAGCUAUUAUGAAGAUGAGGUUGAUUAUGAUGGUGAUGAUAGUGAUCAUUAUUAUGAUCAUGCUACUUAUGAAGAUGAUGAUCAUUAUAAUUAUGAUUUUCAUGAUAAUGAUGAUGAGUUUGGACAUGAUAAUGAGGAGUAUGAAAAUGAUAACCAGGAUGAUCCUAUUGAGGUAGAUACUAAACAAUUCUAUUCUAGGAGGGCUGCUAAAGAACCAGUCAUUGAGGACCAACAAAAGGAUCCAGUUAAUGACCCAAAGGACGAGAGUAGUGACACUAGGGGAAGUGACCUAGAAGAGGAAAGUGAGGAGUUGCAUAGUUUUGAUGAAUCAUCAUUUGACAGUGCUCAUGGUGAUGAUGAAAGUGAUGAUGACCAUCCUACUGCUGCUGAGAUAGACAACUCUGUUAGGAGAAUAAUCUAUACAAUAACUUGA